AUGGCCCUGCACGACGUCGGCGCAGGGCCGCUGGAGAUCGAUGUACACACAUUCUUUGAGGCGCAGCAUGCGCACGAGUGGGGCGCGGUGCCUACGCAGCCCGGAGGGCAUCUAGAGGGCGAGGUGUGCGGGAUCAUGGAGGCGGAGGGCCUCGACGGGCCUGCUACGUGCGUGGGCGUGGACACGGCGCCGGACCCGCCGCGGUUGCCGCGGGGCCACGCGCCGUGGCUGCGUGCCGCGCAUGUCGUGCGUGCGUUGGCGCUCGUGACAGAGCGUCUGCAUGCACUUUUGUGUGCGGUGUCGCUGUCUGAUCUGUCUGUGGCGGUCGUGCUCGGGUCCUCGCUCCUCUUUCCCCAGUGGACCGCUAUGGUGCGCCUCGAGGGCGGCUGGGACGCGUGCGCGAAUGGGAUCGAUGACACGGACGAGUGCAGGGCGCGGCGGCGCAAGGCGGCGGCGCUGCUGGAGCGCAAGGUGACGCGCGGCCUGAUGGAGGCGCUGCCCAUGUCGACUUUGUCGGCGCCCACGCGCCUGCGCGUGCUGGUGCGGGCACCUGUGCACGUUCGCGUGGCUGGAUGGCACCCGCGGCCGCACUGGACGGCGCCUGAGCCUGCGGCGCCGCAGGACGUGCGCGCGCCGGAGGCGGACGGUCCCGCGCCCGUGCGUGCCGCGCGCCCCUCGCGCAUGGGCACGCAGGUGCAGGGCCUACUGCAUCAGCGCCGUGCCACGCGCCCUACCCUUGCCCCGCACGCACGCCGCCGGACAGCGCUCCCUCCAGACCAGAUGCAUCGUGCGAGACAGGCUCGCUCGCUCGUGACGGCCGCCUGGGCGGUGGCAUGUGCGCUCGCGCUCUUUGUGCCGUGCUGCAUGGCAGCGAAGAUCAUUGCUGAUACGUCGCUCAACGGCACAUGGUCGUCGGGCACCGGCGCCGUGGUGACCGGCCAGUCGUUCUUCAACCUCGUGAACAACACCUUUAACAUUCCCAAAAAUGCAGGGCAGGCGUACAGCUUCACGAUGACGUCUGACACGACGGGAUACUGGGAGCAGGCGGUCUACCAGUACAUGCGCCCGGACACGUCGAACCCGCGGUGCUUCAAGGCCCAGCUGCUCUGGCAGCACGGCAACUUUACCAUCUACCCCAACGCGUCGCUCGUGCUCGAUCCGUUUCGAGCGGAUGGGCGGCAGCAGCUGUCGGACUCGUGUGGCGACGGCAACGACAAGGUCCAGUACUAUGCGCAGCAGGAGAUGAUGCAAAGCUUCUACAUCUCGAAGUACAUCCACUACGACCAGCCCUCGUACAAGCUGCAGCUGUACGAGUUCGACGGCACGCCGAAGCCGCCCAUGUACCUGGCGUUCCGGCCGCCCGAGAUGUACCCCACCGAGGGCCUGCACAAAUUCAUGGUCGGUCUGAUGUAA